AUGAACAACAAUUACAGAGCCUACAAGCUCCUCGCCAAGGCAGCAGAAACAGGAAACCAGAACGCUCUGGAGAAGCUGGCUGCCAACAUGCUGUUUGGAGACAACAGUCCUCAAAAUAUAAAAGCUGCUGUGUUGCUAUAUGAGAUUUUAGCUGAAGAAGGGUCUCACAGAGGCCAGACUGCAUUAGGAUUUUUGCUCUCAUAUGGGAUAGGAGUGGAACAUGAUCAAGCAAAGGCAAUUUUAUACUACAAUUUCGCAAGCUUGGGAGGAAAUCUGAUGUCCAAGCUUAUCUUGGCUUAUCGGUUCAGGCUAGGAAUCAAUGUCCCAAGGAGCUGUUGGGUAGCACUUCUCCACUACAAAGAAGUUGCACGUUUUGUUGCUAAGCGAUUAGAAAAAAACAAAGAACUGCCGGUAGAAAAAGUGAGACUGAUGGAGAAGCCUGAAAAACAGAGUUUGAAAACAGAAUUUUUAGAUUGGGAUGUAUAUCAGUACUACAAAUUUCUGGCUGAGAGAGGAGACACAAAAAUACAGGUUUAUCUUGGACAACUGCACCUUUUGGGAAGAAAAGGACUUGAAAGAGAUCAUACUGCAACCCCCCUGCGUGUCCGGACGCUCCAUGCAUGUUCGGAUGCUCCCCUGCGUGUCCAGAAGCCCCCCUGUGUGUCCGGACACCCCAUGCGUGUCCGAAUGUCCCCCUGCAUGUGCGGACGCUCCAUGUGUGUCCGGACGCCCUCCAUGCAUAUCCAGACGCCCCCAUCCCCCCUGCGUGUCCGGACGCUCCAUGCAUGUUCGAAUGCUCCCCUGCGUGUGCGGACACCCUCUUGCGUGUGCGGACGCUCCAUGCAUGUCCGGACGGCCCCCUGCAUACGCCCCCAUGCGUGUUCGGAUGCUCCCCCUGUGUGUGCGGACACCCUCUUGCGUGUGCGGACGCCCCAUGCGUGUCCGGACGGCCCCCUGCGUGUCUGA